AUGAGUAUCAGCGAGACUGAGCUGGUGGAACAGCUGUUCCUGGACUUCACUGUGCAAGAAGUGCUUCAAAAGGAUACCAGGGGAUUUCCGAUCGUAGAACCCUGGGCUAGCGAAUACGUGAACGCCAUACGGGAACGCAGAUUCGGCGACGCUGUGUGGGCACGCUACCAUAUCGACGGUGGUGUGCAUGGUGGCAUAAUUGAGGACACAAACAAGACCGUUCUGCAGAUGAUCGAGGAAGAUGCACUGGGUUACAGGGUGGGCGAUCCAGACCUGUAUGCAGAAGCGCUCUCAUCCGUCUACGAGCGUACUAGUGCCUCGGAUGGACAUCGUGAUGUGAUUGACCUCCUUACCCGCAUUGGAAAUCAAGACAUUAAGGAGCUACGGGCUCAAGCCCGGGCUAAACAUCGUGCUGAGCUUCUAGCUGAUGAAUUGGAAUUUUAA